AUGGACUUGUUCGCCAUUGAUUUGGAUUUUGAGCCGAGUGAAGUGAAAACGAAAAGGGAAAAACGAUUAGAAGCUAAAGUAACGUUUGACCCAAAGGAUUGGACGCCUCGGAUUCAAGAUUUUGGUCAUUUGAGUAAAGAUGGUGUUGUUUUAGGAGACCCGGAAUAUAUCCUAGAACAGUGCAAGUUUGCUGCUGAAGAACAAUAUUAUCUACGCAAUUAUCAGCUAGCAAAAACUUUCGCUUUACAGGCCAUGCAAGAGCCGGCUAAUAAGUCAAUAGAAUACCAUCGACUAACAACUGGUGAAGUGCAUGAGUUGAAAGAUAUUGUUCGUCGUUGCGAAGAAAAGCAACAAAAACCUUGA